ACCAGCUCCACUCUGAGCGAACCACGCCCCGGGGGGACAGGGGAGACCGUGCCCCCCAAGUGUCCAAACUCCUGUGAUGGAAGGGACAACGGACUGUGAGGAUGAGUUUUAGUUGUUGUCGCAGGUUGACAAGAUGAAGUUCGGGAAGAGCAUCUGCGUACUCAACGUGGGGGGAACCCGGUACGCCUUCACCCGUGAGGUGAUUAGGGAUUUCCCUCUCCGGCGCGUCAGCCGCCUGCAUGCCUGCGCAACCGAAAAAGAGGUCCUUGAACUGUGUGAUGACUACGACCGGGACCGGAAUGAGUUUUUUUUCGACCGCCACGCGCAAGCUUUCGUGUUCAUCAUGCUGUACGUGCGCUCCGGUAAACUCCGCUUUGUCCCCGGAGUGUGCGAGCUGUCCUUCUACACGGAGAUGCUCUACUGGGGACUGGAGAGCGCGCACUUGGACUCCUGCUGCCAGAAACGCCUGGACGACAGGAUGUCCGAGAUCGGACUGGACACUCUGUCCGAAGUGGACGUCGGACUGUCGGGGGAUGAUUCCCAGAGCUCGAGCCAGCCGGUGCAACGGACUGCGCCCACGGGUCGCGAAAGAUGGCUCGAGAAGAUGCGCAAGACCUUCGAGGAGCCCAAUUCCUCGCUUUUGGCGCAGCUCUUGGCUUCAGUGUCUGUGAUCUUUGUGAUCGUCUCUAUGGUCAUGCUGUGUGCGAGCACCCUGCCGGACUGGGACACAGCCAAGAGGAACACUGUGGAGGAGCACAGGAUAGUGGAGGCUGUGUGCAUCGGCUGGUUUACGGCAGAGUGCAUAAUUCGCUUUCUGGUGGCCAGGAGCAAGUUGGACUUCCUCCGCCGGCCGCUGAACAUCAUCGACGUGAUCGCCAUCACCCCCUACUAUGUCACCAUGGCUUUGGCCCGGGCAGGGAUGCCGGGCGCCGGGCUCGGGGUGGCUGGUAUAAUACUGCGGGUGCUGAGGAUGAUGCGAGUGUUCUGGCUCAUGAAGUUGGCCCGACACUUCUUGGGCCUGCAGACUCUGGGGCUGACGCUCACACGCUGCUACAGGGAGAUGGUCAUGCUGAUGGUGUUUGUCUUCGUGGCGAUGGCGAUAUACAGCGCUCUGGCCCAGCUGCUGGAGCACGGCUUGGAUUUGGGAACGCAGAACCCGGAUUAUGCCAGCAUCCCUGCGGCCGCCUGGUGGGUCAUCAUUUCCAUGACGACGGUGGGGUACGGGGACGUGUACCCUGUGACAGUUGGAGGGCGGGUGCUUGGGGGGAUGUGUGUAGUUAGCGGCAUUGUUCUCUUGGCACUGCCCAUCACAUUCAUCUACCACAGUUUUGUACAGUGCUACCAUGAACUCAAACUCCGCUCUGCCAGAUAUGCACGCAGUCUGUCAGUGGAGAUGCUGCAAUGAACACGUGUUCGAACCCAAACUCUUUGGGCAUAUGGAUGGAUUACUGAACCGGCCUGCUGGGCACAGGUCCAAGGGGUCAGGGGUCCUGGCUCACGAACUGUUGCUGAAAAAUAACACAAAACAACCAAAAAGGGAUGUUCAAUGACCACAAACAUACUCAAAGGAAACACAACAUGACAGCAGAGAUGCAAAAUGAUAAUAAAGAGAUGACAUAUAACUGAAAUAACACACAAAACAGCCAAAAACAUACGGACACAGACAACAAAUGACCCACAAUGACCUAAAAGAAAUGUAAAACGACUAAAAACGAACACGAAACAACUGCAAGGAGACCCCAAAAAUUAGAAGGUCAGUUGGAAAGUGCAACCUCCGCCAAGGUCAGUGGUACAUGCUCCUCAGAUUUUCCCUUUUCCGAAGUUGGAAGUUGCUUUCCUGACGAUACAAAUAAGACAAGUUGUAUUUUUCUGCUCAGAAAGUUAAACAAUAUGUUGAUAGCUGUCUCUAGUAUUUGCAUGGCAACAAAGAGCAAAGAAAACAGAUCAGGUGAGCAAUUACAUAUGAUUGGGAAUCAUCAUUUCCGAUUAUUCUGACACCACAUGAAUGCUGCAUGAAUGCCCUAUCUCACAAUGUUAACAAAAUGUAAAAUUUGUUUGCGUAUCUGCCCUCUUAACAGGUUCUUUCUUGGCUUAUGCUACACCUUUAUACAAGGUUUCAUUAAAACCAGAGCAGUAGUUUUUCUGUAAUCCUGGUGACAAACAGGCACACAAACAGCAAUACAAACCAACUAUAAAGAGAUGCAAAACAACCACAAAAGGACCACAAAUCAGUGAAAACAGCUGAAACUCGGUGUAAAAAUAAAACAAAGAGGUACAAAAUGACAACUUAGAAAAGUAAAAUGACUAAAAUAAAUGCAAAACCAUCACAUAAACUUACAAAAUGACUAAAAAGUGACAAGGAAUUACUAAUUAUUUAAUAUACUACAUAAACUAAAAGUAGACUCUUUAACUUUGGGUGUCUUGUUCCUGUGUAGACAGACUCAGUGGCCUCUAUGGGCGCAUUCACAACCCAAAGUUUAGUCCGUGUCAAUCCAUCUUUGGUGCGGUUAGAUCCUUAUUACGGUUCGUUUGGUCACUUCUGAACGCUCCAAUUGUACUCUGGACCAAAAUAACCGGUCCCAGACCACUUGUGAGAGGAAGUCUUGGUCUGUUUCCAAUCGAUUGCACUGUGAAGGUAAUAUGACCCAAUUACAGAAAAAUGAACCAAAAUGCAGAUUGUGGGACCUGUGAGAUGUUCACAGAGCAACAGAUGCGACCUGACUGGGAGAGGACUGACUUGAUGUUUGCUUGACAUCUGGGUCAAAGAACAAAUACAGGAGAUGCUGAAUAAAGUCCACAAAAACAAUAAAAUCAUUAUAACUUAUAAUAAAUUACCAGUCAUAAAAUAAUUUGAGAUCAACUAGUAGAGAAAGGAUUCAUGUGCACGAUAAAUCAGUGUAGAGUCAAGGUAAAAAACAACUUCUACAGCAAUAUUUCAUGAUGUUUGGUUCCAGGUUGCUUUGUUUAUUCACAUUUUCUACCACCAACUUUCCAACCAAUAAUAAAUAAUACUGUAUUCCAGCCCUCAACCUUCUCACAAGUCCUUCAGGAAAAAAAAAUGUUUUUGGUCUACUUAUAUUUACGAACCAUGAAAGCAAACCAGACUAAAUACAAAACAAACCAAAAAUAUCAAUUUCACUCUGAUUUGGACUAACCAAAGGUUGCUGGGUUCUGAAAGCCCCCUAAAACUAAGAGUAAAACGACCAUAAAGAGAUAUUAAAUAAACCUGUAGUUUGUAGUUGCAUAAUUACUACAAUGAGAUGCAAAAUGACCACAGAACCACUGGAAAUAGACACACAAUGAUUAAAAAUAGAUGCAAAACCACCACAAAAAAACAUAUAAAAUGACUACAAAGGGAUACAAAAUCCCCAAAAUAUAAUACACUCUACACUACUCAAAGUAGACUCUUUGACUUUUGGGUGACAGGCUGAGUGGCCUCCCUCAUGUCUGUGCCCGGGGGCCAUUUGUGUCGUAAUUCAUCCAUGCUUCGGCCCUGCCUAUGACAGAAGAAACUCAACAAACCAGUGGAGCUGCUGAAAUAAUGAUCAGCUCCGUGCCCUGCCCUGUUUCCUGCCUGAGCUGCACCUGAUUUUAUUUGGCCUGUCUAGUUCCUGCCUGUUGUGUCGAUGAUCUCCAAUCGUCGACUCUAACCAGCAUGCUCUGUGCCCGUCUCCUUAACAACACCGCUCGGACAGAAGAAUAGGAAAACAUAAAUUAUUAUUUAUUAAACACACACAGGCUCAGUCAAUCUUGCUGCUGUUUACACUGUACUCCCAUGGUUACAGCAUUGGCUGCCUUUUUUUUUUUUGUAAUCUGCAUCCAGCGCUGCAUGUGUUUGUUUGUCUGGCCAUCAGCCUUUCACUUUGUCUCUGCUUUGCACCCAGAUGGUACAAGUUACACAAGAUUGAUGUGUGACCUAAAUGCAUUCUGUUGAACCUGUGAAAUAUAGAGAAGGUGCAGAUGCAGAUGGGGGCUGCACAGAGGGCUUAGUGUGCAGGAGGAGCUUAAGCCAGGCAUAAUGAAAUAUUGAGACAGGUCAGAAAGGACUACAAGGUGGCAGACAAAUAAAGGGCGACAGAUAUGACAGCGCAGAUGGAGUGUGAAAUGGAGAAUAAAAGAUUCUGGGACAAAAGUGACAGAGAAGACAGAAUGUGGAGAAACCCUGAGCACAAAGAGUGAAUAGACGGAGAGAUUGCUGCUUCUCCAUUUGUGAGCAAAUGUAAGGCAUUUUGUAUUUCUGUGUCUCCAAGGCAACCUCCAUCCUCCAACAUGUCAAUCAUAAUGGUGGUUGAUUUUGUGUGUGCACACAAAUAGGCAACAUCCACGCACACACCUCCCUGGCUGGCACGCGGCAGUUUUUUUCUUUUGCGAUUACUGGGAAAAUUACAUCACAAGAUUCGUUAAAUAAAAAAUAGAGCAUGAUGCCCAUGAUACAGACAUGUUUUCCCUCUCCUUGGUUUGCCAAGAUGAUAUGAUUUGUUGAAGAUUCACAUGAUCCAAACAAACAAGUCAACACCUCUCCCACACAACAGUCUUUCUCUGCAUCUCUUCUCCUCUUCCUCCUGUUGCAAUCAACCAUAAUUAUUUUUUUUACACACGCAUGCACGCACAAGCUCGUGCUCUUCUGUUGCAAAAUUUAAACAAUUAAUCAGCCAGUUCAUUAUCUGUCAGUCCUUAAAAGUCUCCUAUUUGUUAUGAACGUUGCAGCCUUGUAUGAGUUUAUGAUGUAUUGUAGCUGCUACAUAUCUCACUAUCAUUGUUGUUGUUGUGUUAUCAAUGUGCUUUUUACACACAAAAACAGGAGUCAACGAUGUGUUACCACUUUGCCUACAACUCGUAGCUUUCCAGCUCAUGUGGCCUAUAGCUUAUAGCCCAGUGAAUCUUGGCCAGGCCUGAUUGAAACCAUCAAUCAAAACUUUUCCAUCAGUAGACUAUGAACUUAUAAUUAAUGUGAUUCAUGUGUGAGCUUUUAUAAUAAAAUUUCUCUCUGCAAAA